AUGGCUGCCGCAAUCAAUGAGUCUGCUCCGCUCCUUCCACAGCACAACUCCCCCAAUCAUUCUCCAUCAAGACCUGGCCUGCGUCAACAAAGAACCGUAACAUUCAACCCUCUAACUUCAGUCAGCACCCAAUCCGGGGCAACAUCAUCGGGAUCACUCAGGCCUAUGCAAAGCCCUUCUGCCGCUUUGGGUGGUGCUAGCCAAUCUCGCGAACAACAGCCCAUGCUCAGUGCGCUGAAUUCCAAGUUGCGCCGAAGAAAUAGCCAUGGCGCUCCCCUUCCAACAACUCAACCUUUUACGCCCGCUCCUCGUUCUGGCGCUCAGAGAACAACCAAAACCACUGAGAAGCUCAAGAUCCUACCCAAUCCGGAGCUUGACGAAGAAGAUCCCGACGAAGAGAGUGGUAGAGAUGUCUAUUCCCAAUUUACUCGAAUCAAAGACCCAACAGCGAGGAGAGAUGCUGCUAGACUUGGGAAGGCAGAUAGGGACCGACUGCCCCGAGUGACUGCAUAUUGUACGGCCCAGGGUUACCGUCUGGAGGGCAUCAUGAAGUUCUUGAAAUCUCGGGCAAGAACGAGAGGCGCCAAUCCCAAACUGUUUGAUGAAUGCAUAUACAGUCCCUACGAUUAUGACUUCCUCAAGAAAAACGAUAAGCACAAGGCAGAUGGAAGAAGUACAAGCCCAAUUCAAGAACGACUGGCCAGGGUUAUGGCCAGCCCGAGGAUAGGACCAGCAGAAAGGAGAUAUUCAGACAGCGCAGUUGAGGUCGAGGACAAUAAAAAACAUAGGAGAGACGACCUCAUAGAUUUACAGGAUGAACUGGGCCCGCCAGAUCCACUUACGGAGGAAUCUGCACUUGCCAUUACCGCCUCUCACUCAUCCACUGACUUAAGGCACCCAGAAAGCGAUGAAAUGCAUCAACGUACCAAUUCAGAGCUUUCAACAACGGUACAUAUUCCAGAGGUAUUCGUCUUUGAUUACGGCACAGUUGUCAUUUGGGGCAUGACCUUACAGCAGGAGCAACGAUUCUUGAAUGACAUGGCCAAGUUUAUUGAAGCACCCCUACCCACUGAGAGUGUGCAGGCUGAGAACUUCAAUUUCUAUUAUACGAAAGAAUAUCAAGCACGGAUAUACAACGAUUUCAUCAGUCUGAGGGAACCCCGAAACCAUAUGAUCAAGAUUGCCAUCAGCCACGCACUGUCGCAGAGUGUGAAGACCAGCUUGUUCGAGGACCUAGUUGGCGAGACAAUCGAAACCACGAGUCCUCUUCCAGCCCUGAUAGCACAGACUGGAAGUGUCAAUCUCACCAGACGGCAGCUGAACAUGCAGAUUGGAGAACUUUUCAUCUUGAGAAUCAAUAUCCAUUUACAAGGCAGCGUACUGGACAGCCCCGAAUUAAUGUGGGCCGAACCUCACCUUGAGCCUGUCUACGCUGCUGUACGGAGUUACCUGGAGAUUGAGCAACGAGUCGGACUUCUAACGGAAAGGCUGGAUGUUAUUGCUGAUUUGUUGGCUGUGCUCCGAGAACAGGGAAGCAGGAGACACGGCGAAGUUCUGGAAUGGAUUGUUAUUGUCCUCAUCGCUGCUGAAAUUCUCGUUGCGGCAAUCAACAUUGUCGUCGAUCUCUACGCGGGCGUGGAUUGA